GAACUCAUACAUACGCACCCACACGACCUUCAGUGAACGUUAUUAUGCAGUUCCUCAAAUUUUGGUUAUCCAUGUUGGCAUUGGCGGUGUGCGCGCUGGCCGCCGAGCCCCCGAAAGAACUGCAGAUCGCAGUCACCUACUUGCCUGACGACUGCCCCGCAACUGCCAAGACUGGGGACGCCAUUAAGGUGCACUACACUGGGACGUUGUUCUCCGACGGUAGCAAGUUUGAUUCUAGCCUCGACCGAGGCCAACCAUUACCUAUCAAACUCGGUGUGGGUCAGGUUAUAAAGGGAUGGGACGAAGGUCUCCAAGGCAUGUGCCUCAACGAGAAGCGUACCUUGACGAUUCCUUCCGACAUGGCUUACGGUUCACGUGGAUUUGGCAGUGUUAUCCCUGCACAUUCCGCCUUAGUCUUCGACGUCGAGCUUGUUAGCUUGCAGAAAGCUUCUCGUUCAGAAUUGUAGACAAUUGUUGAUCAAUGGUUAUGCACUAAUAUUAAUUGUGCUAGCGAAUUUAAUAAAUGUACGUGAAAGUUUGGGAUGAGCUACA